AAAGAUGAUGAGAGUCUGAAUCGGGAAUCGGACAGCGACUGCGCGUUCAUGCGGCUUGCUGUUGCGAGGGUGGAUUGUAUCGUGGACGAGCGCGCAACCAGGCAGGUAGUUCUGUAGUCAGUGCUGCUCACGUCACGGGUCCGCAGCAAGAUGCUGUGAGGACAACGAGACGAAGAUAGGGUCGCAUUUGAAACCAAGGCAUAGGCGAUUAAUUUAAAUGCCAGAACACGCUGCGGUAAACAGAGACAGACUCCAAUUCGUGUAGAAAAUGAUGCGCAAUGGCGUUGCAAUCGCGAUUUGAGGGCCGCGUCAUACAACCAUAAGGGAUUUCUAGCCACAUCCAGUGUCUGCAUCAAGAAUUAAGCAACGAAGGCGCUGAUUGGUCCCUGAUGCUGUGCUGGACUGCAGGUGGGCGGAGCUAGAGGACAGCAGCCAGGAUGAGUGGCAGCUCGGAGCAGACGGACAUCCUGUCCGCCGCCGUCUUGGUCAAGGAGCGAUGGAAAGUGCUGAAGAAGAUCGGUGGCGGGGGCUUCGGGGAGAUCUACGAGGCCCUGGACGUGCUGACCAAGAGCAGCGUGGCCCUCAAGGUGGAGUCGGCACAGCAGCCCAAACAGGUGCUCAAGAUGGAGGUGGCCGUCCUCAAGAAACUCCAGGGUAAAAACCAUGUGUGUCGCUUUGUGGGCUGUGGUCGCAACGAUCGCUUCAACUAUGUGGUGAUGGAGCUUCAGGGUCGUAACCUGGCCGACCUGCGUCGCAGCAUGAGCAGGGGCACGUUCAGCGUCAGCACCACGCUGCGGCUGGGCAGGCAGAUCCUGGAGGCCAUCGAGAGCAUCCACUCCGUAGGCUUCCUGCACCGAGACAUCAAACCGUCUAACUUUGCCAUGGGCCGCUUCCCUAGCACAUGUCGCACGUGCUACAUGCUAGACUUUGGCCUCGCGCGCCAGUUCACCAACUCCUGCCAAGAGGUCCGACCGCCCAGACCAAUGGCAGGAUUUCGAGGCACUGUACGAUAUGCUUCAGUCAACGCACAUAAAAACAAGGAGAUGGGCCGGCAUGAUGACCUGUGGUCCCUGUUCUACAUGCUGGUGGAGUUUCUUGUGGGUCAGCUGCCGUGGAGGAAGAUCAAGGAUAAGGAGCAGGUUGGAAAGCUGAAGGACACUUAUGACAACCGGCUCAUGCUCAAGCACCUGCCAGCGGAGUUCAGCAUCUUUCUGGACCACAUCAGCACCCUGGACUACUUCACUAAACCCGACUACGAGCUGCUAAUGUCAGUGUUUGAGAAUAGCAUGAAGACGUACGCGGUGGUGGAGAACGAUCCGUACGACUGGGAGAGGAUCAACACGGAGUGUGCCCAGAGCCCCAGCACCACCAACGCCACCCCGCAGCACCACACGCGCCUCACCCCAGCACACAUGGGUAUGGCCAAUGCGUCUCAGCUGCCUGGGGACCUCCUGAAAGACCUGCUGAAGGAGAACACAGAUGAGGUGCUACAGGAGCUGAGCGACGGGGAGAACAACCCCCCGCCGCUGCCCCUCCCCGACCGACUGCUUCCGGGAUGCCCCACCACCCAACAGCAGUCGCCCAAUCAGCCGCAGCCGCAGGAGGCUGGCGUGUGGGAGGAGCUAGACCGCAACUGCAACCACCUCGCUCGGCCCACGCUGCUUAAGACGGGCAAAGAGGACGAGCAAAACCAGAACCAGGGCAACAUGAGUCCCCUGAUGGGCCCCAGCCUGGCCUCACCGGUGAAGCUCCGUUCGGACGCUAGCCCCUCGGACGCCCCGCUGCUGAGGAAGCUGAAGAACCUGCACAGCCUGGACCUGGAGAAGAGGCUCACCCUGGAGCCCAAGCCCAGCACCGAGCGCUUCCUCGAGGCCUGCUCGGCUAAGCAGCAGAGCGGCGCCACCACUCCAGACAAGCCGAUGAGCCCCGGCUUCGGCCUGGCCGUGUUGGGCAACGGCGGCCCUACCGACCGCAUCUGGCACUACAACGAGGAGGUCCUCUCUGGCGGUGGAGGCAUUAGCGGCUCCGCCAAGCGCGGCUCCCUGGACUCCCCGGGGGGGCAUGGCGAUGGCGCUGCCAGCAGCAGCUUCGUGGCCCUAAACCUCAGCCUUGGACGCAGCGGUGGCGGAGGAGGAGGGGACGCCAACUCCCAUGACUGGGUGAUGGUGGAGGCACCCUCUUCCAACCUCCAGGAGAGGGGCGGAGGCGGCAGCAAGGUCACCAUCAGCCCCUCGGAGGAAGGUGACGUAGAGGAGAUGGAGGGCCAGCCGGAAGGGUCCGGCCAUAGGAACGCGUCCCGGGAUGGAGGGCUGGCCGCUGGGCAGUCCCAGGGAGGAGGUGAGCCCAGAGGGGGAGACCUCCAGGAGCUGAGUGUGGAGACGGCCAGCACCAUGCCUCCAGUCACCCCCACCAGCCCGGGCAACGGCCUGCCGGAUGAGGCGCUCACAACGUUCCCUGCCUGUCCCCCAUCUCCACUGGAGGAGGCCGUGUGUGUCCAUCAGCAUCAGCAGCCGUGCGGUUUCCUCAUCCCGCCACCCCAGCGCUCCCCCACCCCCCACCACCACCACCACCACCACCGCUGCCACGCUAGUAGCCCCCACCCCACGCUCUCGGACCCCCUGUGCCAACGCCGGCAACACCGCCAACCCUCCUCCCCCACCCGGAGCUCCUCGGCCGGGCUGUGUCGUAGCCGUUCGGUGGAGCCACCGCACCACCAGCACCAGCAGCAGAUACAGUCCCACCACCUCCACCACCAACAGCACCCUUCCUCCUGUUCCUCCUCCGCCUCCUCUGUCUCCCUCCACCACCCUCCGUCCCCUGGUGGUUCCUCCUUGGGCACGCGCGGCUCGCCGGGCCACCGCAAGCUGCCCAGCAUUCCGCCGGGGGCCUCCAGCACCAAGAUUCCCUCCGUCAUACGCAUCACCCGCGCACAGCUCCAGCAGCUCAAUGCUCAGCGUUUAGGCACACAGCGCUCGCCUCCUACUGCCUCCGACAGCUCCCCUCACUGCCCCCUGGUGGACAACAGUGAGAACAACAACAACAACCACCACCACACAGCAGCAACACAGCAGCAGCAGGAAGUAGGGCAGGAGCGUCCAGGCACCCCAGGCACCCCACCCACUCCUCAGAGACGGAGACGCCCCUCCAGGCGCCUCGGACCCCUCUCCGCCCAGAGCUGCCGGCUCCAUGCCCAGCCUGGUGUCUCCACGCUCCUCGCCCCACUCUCCACGCAGCCCCGUGCCCCCCCACAACGGCCACUUCUCGCCCCCUCCUCCACCCAUGAAUGCCGGAGACGGGCACCGGCAGAUAAGAACGGGGACGGUGCGCUCGUUCUGACCGGCGAGGAGCAGGUGGUGGAGGAGGGGGGGGAGCGGAAGGAGGCUCCUGCGGAAGACCCAGAGAGUAGCCUUCACAGUCAGGUGACCCCCAGGCUCAGGCUUAGCCGCAUCCCCGUCCUGGAGCCCAGUAGCCUGCUACUGUCCUGCACCUCCCCCACUGCCACCACCCCCACGGGCUCCGCCAAGCAGAAGCUGCUGCUAAAGAAGGCCCAUCACCACCACCAGGGGCAGGGGCAGGGGCAGGGGGCGCCCCUGCUGUCCCCCUCUUGCUCCCCCUCGCUCUCCUCUAACCGCCGAUGCAUCAUCGAACCGCAGCAGCCGGCUUCCACCAACUACCCUCAGGUGCAUGCUGAUCCCUGUCAGGAUGAGGAGUCCCUGCUGGGCAUGUCCGUGUCGGAGCGUCAGGGGGACGAGCCCCCGUCCCUGUCCUCCUCCUCCAGCCCUCUGUCCCGCAAGAGCAGGAUCCCGCGGCCGGUGCACUCGGAGGGCUCCUCUGCAGCCCCUGACAGCCGCUCCUCCUCCCAACUCAUGCCCAGGCCCCCUCCGGGCAGACCACCCAGCAGACCAAUUAUAGACGGCCGUCUGCGGCGGUACCGUAUCCGUGCGGGCAGCAGUGGCGCGGGCGACUCGGAGCUCCUCACCUGCCUGGCCCAGCUCAUGCAGAGCAGCAUCGCCAUGUCCCCGUCCUCGUCAUCGCUGGGGGGCCGCGGCAUGGGCCUGCGCUCCUGCUCCCCCCAGCUGGGCCGCUCCUCCCCGCGCCUGGUGACGGUAGCCCACCCGCACUCCCACCACUCCCACCCGCGCAGCUCCAGUGCCUCCCCGCGCUCGGCCUCCUCUCUGCAGCGCUCGGCCUCCUCCUCCCCGCCCUCCCGCCCGGGCCCCGGGCGCAGCCGUUCGCCGCCCAGCCAGUCCAGCGGCUCCUCCCCGCCGGCUGGGGGUUCCAACACUGCCCGCCGGGCGCACUCCCAGCUGCGCCACCACCACCACCACCACCUGCACGGGCACCAUCACCACAGUCAGAGGGGCAAGCAGAGUGGCGGUGGUGGCGGCGGCGGUGGCGGCGGCAGCAGCGGCGGGCACAGCCAUGGGCACAGCCACAGCCGAGAGGUGAAGUGCUCCUCGAGCAAGCUGAGCAGAUAGUUAUGGAGCUCAGUCUGCAGGCAUGAGCUCCCAAUUUGGAGUGUGUGUGUGUGUGUGUGUGUGUGUGUGUGUGUGUGUGUGUGUGUGUGUGUGUGUGCACGUUUGUGUCUGAGACAGUCAGUAUGCAUGCAAGUGCGUGUGUGUGUGUACGUGCUUUCAAAUCCUUCUGAGAGCCUCUAAGAGACACGAUGGGGAACUGAUGCCUUCCGUGUGAUGACCGUGCCAGUUUAAGGACUCAAACACGUGCUGUAAGUGUUACAAACAAAACUGUUUCUAAAAAAAAUGGAAUCAAAAGACUGUGCCAGAGCGUGUGCGUGUACACGCGGGACGAGGCCAACAAAGCAUUCGCAGUGUAAAGGGGGAAAACACUACUGUCAACUAGGCAAGCAGAGGAAUGGGGUUCAGGGGCUCGUAGGGUUUGGGAAGAGGGAAGAGGGUCAUCCUACAUGCAGUAUAUUGCACCUCGAGGAGAGCUCUUGCUAGAAAGGGAUCUUAACUUAAAGCACCUCAACAGGCAACACUUCCUCUGAAUGAAACAAUUAUGAAGAAUUGCUUUGAAGCUUCAGAUGUAGGAUAGUUUUAGGGGGAAGGGGAGGUUAUCGCCCCCCACUCCACACGCCCUAAUAACCAUAGCCUCUUUUCCAGUGAUGCUUUAGACCUAGGAGGCCAGUCCGUGCUCCCAUCAGCACAACAGGCAUUAUCGUUAUCUGUUAGUGUUUAAGUCCCACGGAGAGCUGCAUAUCAUUUUGCUGUAGGCUAUAGUAAACCAUCAUGGACGGAGCAAUGUCUGUGUUCAAAACAUCUGUACAAAAUACCUACCAUUAGCACAUGCUAUACAAAUGCAGUAUUAUAUGAUAAAGACCCAUGUCAGCAAGUGGCGAGAGGUGGAAGUCUCUAAAAGCAAGCAUACGUGCGUGCAGUACAUGGUCGUUACACUGUACAACA